GCACAAGCUUUGCCAUGAAACCAUGUGCAGCACUUGAGACACAGCUGUUAACAUGAGGCUUAAGUGGGGUGUAGGACCUUCUGCCCUGGAGUCAAUGUGCCUUUGUGAAUGCCACGUAGGUAAUGACACCUGCUGGGCUGACUAGCCAGGCUGCCACUGUGCGGCACCUGAUCUCAAUCUUUGGUGAUUUGAACCUAACAUCAAAGAGAACUUUGAGAAUUAUCAGACACAAACAUGAUUUGUUGGGGAAAAGUCACCAUGGCUUUUGUAAAGGGAAGUCAUGCCUCACCAAGCUAUUAGAAUUAUUUGAGGAUGUCAACAAUCCUAUGAAUAAGGGUGACCAAGCUGAUAUAGAGUACUUGGAUUUUUAGAAAGCCUUUGAGAAGGUCCCUUAGCAAGGGCUCUUGAGGAAACUAAGCAGUCAUGGGAUAACAGGGAAGGUCCUGUUUAAAAGUUACAGUGAGGUAGAAAAGUUUGCAGAUGAUACAAAAUUAUUCAAGAUAGUUAAGUCCAAAGCUGACGAUGAAGAGUUACGGGAGAUCUCAAAAAACUGGGUGUAGUCUGCGCCCGCUCACUUCUAAAGGCCCCUCCCCCAGUUUCUGGUGGUCAUCUCUGGUGAUGGGGUCUAAUUGUAAUGCCUCCUAUUACAAGCAAGCUAGAACUAAGGUAUGGAGCAUGGGGGGAGAAUAGAAAUAAGGACCAUACUAUAGAGCAUCCCUAUAAUUCAAGGACCUGGGAUGCCCACACCUUUGGUCUAGGUGGUACUCGACCAGAUGGAGGGGUGGGAGAAUUGGACUGAUUCUGGAAGCUGUCCUCAGGCUCUAUUGCAGAGACGGUAUAUGCAUAGUGUGCACAGGUUCCAUCCUGUGUGCUGGCACCAAAAGGGGGCUUGUCAGGGAGGUCUCUCCAGUGGUUUGGCUUUAAAAGUAACCCCCUUCCCCUACUGUGCUACAACCAUGCCCAACACCUGGAUUCUGUUGUAAUGGAGAUUGGAGAGGACAAGAGUGGAAUUCCCAAAACCAUUUUAUAGAAAGAGCCAGAAACUUAAUUAGUAAAUGAAGAAAACUUAAGCUACAGCUCAGCCCUGAGCAUCAGUCAUGCUAGCGAGUCCUUUACCUAUCUGUAUCUAUUACACAGCUGAAGAAAUGAUCAAUAAGCAAACUUCCACCUAGAAACCAAGUGAAGUCAUCCGAAACUAUCACAGCCCUCGCUUGUCUGAAGUUGAGCCUCUAUCUUCGGUGGUUAUAACAAAUUAGAGUUUAUAUAUCUUCUGCCUCAAACACUUCGAUACCAUUUCCUUCAAAAAACCAAAAAUCACUGCCAGCCGACACCUGCAGACCCAAUGCUCCUGAGCAACCUCUUCCCAUUAUUUGUCAAGAAAACAUGGAAACAGAGGCAGGUUUUUAUACUUUAAUGUGGCACUGACGUACUGUCAUGAUGACAGGCCCCACAAGGUGGAUAGGCGUAUCACUUAGCACAUUGCUUUCAGACGGGUUUUUAAAUGAAAGCAUUAGUUCUGUUUAUCAUCUCCACCCCUCCGCUCCCUGAAGACCCCUGUCCUAUAACAUUGGACCUAGAAAGUUGAGAACCUACUUCAGAAGCUGUCGUUUUCCCACCUGGCUGUUGUGCAAGUUUCUUACUGAAGAGAUUGGCCAUUCUAGACAGUGCGUGUGCACUCCUGUAAUACUUCUCAUCAGUGAAACUUUAUAACCAUUAAAUAAAGAAGCCUCAACUGCUUCUCCGAGUUAUUACGUGGUACAGAUGGGGACAUUGAGGCACAGAGAGAUUAAGUUAUUCAACAAGUCAAUGGGGAUGUGAGGUGCUUCCAGACACUAGUUUGUCUGUUUUUUUCCCCCUUGUGGCUUCCUCUUUUGUUUUCCUUUGUCUUGGAUAAGCGCUGUAACCCACUGGUUUCCCCUUUCUUCUUUCUAGUUUUUACUCUUGAGUCAUCUGAAUUGCAGACAGACUAUUUAGGGAGCUUGCCAUGCGGCUGGGUUUGCUGGGAGAUGGGACAAAGAGUAUUGCCAUGCUGAGCCAGUGAGAGAAGGAGCCGAGGAGAGCCCGUGAGAGGAGGAAACACUUGAUGCGCAGAGCCAGGGGAAGAGUGAACCUGGCCCAAGCGUGCAUUCCUUGUAUCAAAAUACAAGAAGACCUGGCCUGCCAGUAUUUCUUGCUCUCCGCCAUGUCGGAGCAGGAAGAUGACGAGAUGUGCUGGAAUAACUUGGAGAACUUCCGGGUGAAGCUGAUCUCGGUGAUAGACCCCUCCAGAAUAACGCCUUAUCUCCGCCAAUGCAAAGUGAUUAACCAUGACGACGAAGAGCAAGUGCUUAACGACCCCAAUCUGGUAGUCCGGAAACGGAAAGUAGGCGUCCUCCUGGAUAUACUUCAGAGGACGGGCCAGAAAGGUUUUGAGGCCUUUCUCGAGAGCCUUGAGCUUUACUACCCACAGUUAUAUAUGAAAAUAACCGGCAAGGAGCCCAGCAGGGUCUUUUCGAUGAUUAUCGACACCGCGGGGGAAUCGGGGCUGAGCCAGCUCCUGAUGAACGAGAUCACGAAGCUGCAGAGCGCCGUGCAGGAGGAGAGGAGGAAGGCCCAGGAGCUCAACAUGUGGCUCCAUGCCAAGGAGGACGCGCUCAAGGAGAUGCGGGUGAGGGACAGCGUGCUGCGGAAGCACCAGGAGAGGGCCCAGAAGAUGAAGGAGGAGAGGGACAACUUGGCCAAGGAGCUGCGGAAAUGCAAGGAUGAGAACUACGACCUGGCCAUGAGCUAUGCCAAGCAGAGCGAAGAGAAGAACGCAGCCCUGAUGAAGAACCGGGAUCUGCAGCUAGAGAUUGACCAUCUGAGGCACAGCCUGAUGAAGGCCGAGGACGACUGUACACUGGAGAGGAAGCACACGAUGAAACUGAAGCACGCCAUUGAGAAGCGGCCGAGCCACGAAGUGGUGUGGGAGAUCCAGCGGGAGAAGGAGCUGCUGCUGGCCAAGAAUCAAGAGCUGGAGAACACUCUCCAGGUUGCCAAGGAAGGGAACUUUGAGAAGAACAGCCUCUACAUCCAGGCUCUGGAGGCUGAUCGGAGACGGGCCCUGGGGGAGCAUCAGGAGCUGGUGAACACCACCUACAGCCUGCGCAAGGCGCUCCAGCAAGCAGAGGAUCUCCAGGACAAACACGCGGAGGAGAAGGAGGUGCUGGAGCUGCAGUGCAUGUCCCUGAGGAAGGACUCCCGGAUGUACAAGGAUCGCAUCGAGGCCAUCUUGAAGCAGAUAGAAGAAGUGGCUGCAGAAAGAGACCAGGCGCUGCUGACCCGAGAGCAGUUCCACAUGCAAUACUCCAAGAGCCUGGUCAACAAAGACGCCUACCGCAAAGAGAUCCGGGAGCUGGGGGAGAGGUGCGAUGAGAUGCAGCUACAGCUGUUCCAGAAGGAGGGCCAGUUACUAGCCGCUGAGGCCAAGCUGAAAAAGUUGCAUCUGGAGCCACCCACGCUGUUCCAGACUUCUGACCUAGAUGACGUCUCACCCAGGAGUUCCCAAGAGCUCUCUUUCCAUGGAAACCUGGAUGAGGACACACUGCUGUCUGAUAAAAAAGAUCUCUCUGAAGGUCGGGAUCAGCAGUUCAGUGCGUUAGAGAGCAUUCAGUGCCUGCAGUCGUCAAACGAGGGUGGCCCACCCAAUGGAGAGCUGGCUGAGAAGGAGCGGCGGCGGAUGAAGGACAGCUUUGAGCACUAUCGGAGGUCUGGCCUGUGCUCUCGGGACUGCUCUUGCCAUGUUUGCAUAACCUACUGGUCACUGUGUGUCAUGUCCCCUGCUGUGCCUGAUCCACGGAGGAUGAGAAUCUGUUACUGCCUUCUCUUCUAGCUCAAGCCGUAGGGACUCGUGCAUUUAGUCCCAGAUGUGCCGAGCACGUUGGCCAAAAUGGCAGCCGUUGCAUUGCACUGAAACAAGUGUGGAUGUUUUCAGACACAUGUAUAUCAUGGCCUGUGUCCUAGGCUGCUUCAUGCCACUGACCGAUUCCACCGUAGUUUAACAGAGCGGUACCCAGAGGACAUGAAGCUGGGGGUGGUCACCUGGAUCAUGGGCAAUGGAUCACAACGCCACUCACUCAGAUUUGUAGAGGGUCUGUGCAGGGGCUCAUGGGCCAUGUGGGUCAGGCUGCUGGUGGGAGGAAAAGGAGUUCCUGAGAGGAGGUGGUGAGGGUCAGGUGGCAGGGACACAAAUCUAUGCCCACCCCACCCCAGACUUUUAAUGGCACUCUGCAGUCCUGGGGGCACCAUACUUUGGGAACUGCUGGCUUGGUAAGUUUGAUCUAUUUUACUAGCUCAGGGUUCCAUCCUGCUACUGCUGACACCAAAGACCAAGCUCCUAUUAAUGAGACCCAGGGCAGGUUUGAGCCCUUUCAAAACGAUUGCAAGUGGCCGAGCACCUCUGUCUCCGUCUUUGGGGAUUGAAGGGACUGAGCAUCAUGUCAAAUGCAGAUCUGAAUUUGCACACGAAAUAGAAAUGAUCCAAAAGAGCUAAAUGCUGGAGCAGAUUACAGGAAACAUCUAAAACCAUGUAGUAUUGCUUCUGUAAGUGGUAGUGUGCUGGGGUCUUGUGUAAUAUUUGUAUUCAAGAAGGAACUGAGAGUCAGGAAAUUCUUGCAUUCAGUUGUACUGUACAUUGAGGAAUAUAGGAAUAGCUUUACUGCUCUAGACUAAACCCAAUAAGCUUCUGAUCACAGUCUAUAUUGGAUGCUUGAGAGGAGACCCAGAACACUAAUCACAAUUGUGGAUAAUUUAUUUGACAAAGUUGCCCCAAUGAACAACGUUGAUUCAACCAGUGCGCCCCAGAAGUACAGGCGUGUGCUACUGUAUCAUGGAAGGAGACUUCUUCCUGACCUUCAGCAGGUGAUUACUUUGUGUCCUGGUGCAUGAAGGUAGAAAGGCUGCCUUAAUUUUUACUUUGGCCAGUGUCACUGCAAAUGCACAGUCCUGUUUGACUGAGUACUAAUUGAGUUUUUUCAGUUUGCUGGUUUAUGUGUAAUUGAGAAGCUUGUUGCUCAUGGAAUUUUGUUUUUCUCAUAAAUGUUUAACCUAACUUACAGAAAGAGGGCAUUGCGAAGGGUACAGAAGGGCAGACACCAUGAAGUGGACUGGGAAAACAACACUGGUAGUGACAACACGGACACUGAAGGCUC